AUGGAUGAAAAAUGGGAGUGGUUUUGUGGAAGAAACUCAGUGUACAUCGAUAAUGGCCAAGGUUGGUUCGAUGACGUCCGCAAUAACACCUGUUUGUUAGACGGUGUCGCCGCACUUCCACACGGUGUGUUCUUACUCGUCCAUUCCAUUCUCCUCCUGUUCAUUGGAUGCUGUACGAAUCGAAGAGUGUAUACCAGAUACCUCCUCGUGUACCCUGGACACAGUCUAAGAUGGCUCCUAUCGGCGUUGCUGCUAGUCCUCAUUCUUGCCUCCGCCGGUGAGGGCGCGAUGACCGAUGACACUUACAAGGAGCAACCGACGCAACCGCAUCUGUACGUUCACAGCAUCGUAGCCUUCGUCGCAGUCGUCUCGUCUCUUGUCUACUACCAUCAUAUGGAGCAAUGGCAGCUACCGGGCAUGUCUGUGGUGUUGCUGGUGUACUGGACGUGUUGUGCAGGUGUGGAGAUCUUCCGGCUGAUGAGUUUGACGUACCAGGAGGAAGACGACAUUCAAAGGCUCAUAUUUGACCUGACCAUCGUCAAGCUAGUAAUUUACCUCGUCUUGCUGUGCAUUGAAGCUAACAUCAUCAGAACAAAGGUUUUUUGCUGCCAUCGGAAUCCAGACGUCUUCCCGAAUGACUUGAAGCGUUUAGACAUGAGGUACAUGCAGUACUACGUCAGCCUAUUCUCAAGUCUUGUGUAUUGGUGGCUUAACUCUGUCCUGUCUCUGGGGUUUAAGAAACACCUGGAGCUUAGUGAUCUGGGUGUGGUCCCUGAGCAACAUGAGGCUGAGUACAAUCAUGAGAGGUUUCGGAAAGCCUUCAUACAAGAAUCGGAGAAAGCGAAACAGAAAGGAAAGAAACCCUCACUGUUGAAAAUCUAUGGAAGGGUUUACGGCCGACGGCUGUUAGCUGCUGCAAUACUCAAGCUCAUUGGUGAACUGUUCGCUUUCAUUAACCCCCUUGCAGUUGGAGCCCUCACGGCCUACGUCACGACGUUCAAGUAUAAGCCCUCUGCUGAUCCCGUCCCUGACCAUCAUGUGACCGUGGAUGAAUUCUUCCAGAAUGGAUUUGUGUUAGUUGUGGUUAUGUUCAUAGCUUCCUUGGUUAACUUCUUCUGUUUACAAACACACUUCUACUUCAGCAUCAUGGAAGGAGUCAAUGUGCGAGCUGCUGUACAGGCAAUGGUGUAUGAGAAAUCGCUAAGGCUUUCGACAGUAGCAACUACAGGUGGCUCAAUGAAUAUGGGUCAAAUCACCAACCACAUGUCUGUUGACCCCAACGCUAUCCAACUCAUGUUCCAAAACUUCAAUAACCUGUGGUGUGUUCCAGUGCAGCUAAUCGUCAACCUGAUACUGCUAUACUUCGCCAUGGGCUACGCUGGUCUGAUCGGGACAGUCGUAUUUCUCGUCCUUAGUCCAAUACAGUUCAAAAUUGCAACAAUUAUCAGCAAGAAACAGAAAGAAAUGCUUGCCUUCUCCGAUAACCGUCUUAAGAAAACCAAUGAGCUUCUUCAAGGAAUCAAACUACUUAAGCUGAAUGCAUGGGAAGGGCUCUACUGUAAAGCCAUCGAAGCAAUCCGAGCUAAGGAACUCAACGUCUUACUCAAGAUCAAUCUGGGAUUCAUCGCAACAAUUUUGUUGGUUUCUGCUACUCCAGUAUUGGUAACACUUGUGGGUUAUGGAAGUUACUCGUCCUUCACCGGCCAACCCUUAACACCCGAAGUGACCUUUUCAGCCUUUGCUCUCUUCAACAUGCUCACUAUGCCAUUGAUGAUGCUACCGAUGUCUCUAGUGUACGUGGUUAACGGUGUAGUCAGCGGCCAACGGGUUCUGAAGUUCCUUCUUGCCCCGGAGAUUGAAGAUUCUGACGGUCGGGGUAUAGUCAGACCGCGUUCCGUGUCUGGCUAUCAGAAUGCGGAGGAAGACCUCUCGGUUGGGUUCCGUAAAGACUCAAGCCAGAUCACCAUCAUUAGCAGUGCUAGUGAAUUGGAAGAUGACCCAGGCACAGAGAAAACAACCCUGCUCAAUGGAAACACCGCUAAGAAGCGGAAAUCUAAGGAGGCAAGAUAUGGUGCAGCAGGAACCAGGAGGAACCAAUUCAAAACGGGACCCUCAACUAGGCUCAAGAAAACCGUUGCUAUUCAAAUAUCUCACGGCAGCUACAGGUGGGAUCUAGAAUCAGAGUGUCCGGUUCUCAAUGAUAUCAACCUGGAAAUACCUGAAGGUAAACUUACCAUCGUGAUUGGACAAGUAGGCAGCGGCAAGUCUUCAUUACUCUCUGCUAUCUUAGGAGAAAUGACAACAAUGGGUGGCUUUAUACAAGUCAGGGAUAGAACGAAGGUUGCUCUUGCAGCCCAGAAGCCGUGGUUACUGAAUGCUACGUUACGAGAUAACAUCCUUUUCUCUGAACCAUACGAUUCAAAAAGAUUCAAGCGUGUAAUAGAUGCGUGUGCCCUGAAACCAGACAUCGAUAUCUUACCUGCCGGAGACCAGACUGAGAUUGGUGAGAAGGGUAUCAACUUGAGCGGUGGGCAGAAACAACGAGUCAGCGUAGGGAGGACUAUGUACUCAGACAGGGAUAUCAUCAUUCUGGAUGACCCGCUCUCCGCAUUAGACGUUCAUGUUGGUCGACAUCUCUUCGAACAUGGCAUCAUGAAACUAUUGGUCAAAAGAAACAGAACAGUCGUGCUGGUCACUCAUCAACUGCAGUAUCUCAACAGAGCAGAGCUGAUUGUAAUGAUGAAGGAUGGUAAGGUAUCCGCGCAGGGAACUUUAGAUGACAUCAUUGCUGCCGAUCCAGAUAUGUACAGUGAAUACAACAAGGCAGUGGAACUAGCCACAGAGUCCGAGGUUGAGGCCGAACUAUCUGGGAACGAGUCCGAGUCUACCAGGGCAGAACGUUUACAACUGCAACGUGAAGUAAAGAAAAGAGCGAUGUCUAUGUCCAGCAGGAUGUCCAAAGAUGGCAGUGAACCAACCUUGGGGGCGCUAAUUGAGAAGGAAGAGAUUGAGCGAGGGUCGGUCUCCUACUCGGUCUACAUGUACUAUGCUGGAAACGUAGGCUGGUGCAUGUUACUAUUGGUCCUCAUUAUGGCAGUGCUGGAUACCAGUCUUUCAAUCGGAACGAGUUUCUGGCUGUCAGCGUGGUCAGAGGCAGGACUCGGAAAUGAAACGGAUGCCCUGACUGCUCAGUUCUUUGGUGGUUAUGCUGGAUUGUCAUUUUCAUACUUGGUUGCCAGACUACUGUCCAUGUGUACACUGGUAUGGGCGAUACUCGUAGCAGCUAGACGUCUUCAUCAACGUGUACUGAGAAAUAUCAUUAAAGUACCACUUAGGUUUUUUGACAUGACGCCAGUUGGACGUGUUUUGAACCGCUUUUCGAACGACACUCAGCUGAUUGAUAUGAGGCUGACUCAGACCAUCAAUAUGUUCCUGAAUUCUGCUCUGAAAGUUGCCUCAGCAGUGAUAGUAAACACUGUUGUCAUGCCAAUCUUCAUUGCGUUUUUCAUUCCCGUUGCCAUUGGUUACUAUUUCCUACAAACCUACUUCUUGGCGUCAUCCAGGGAGUUACAACGACUGGACAGUAUCAGCAAGUCGCCAAUCUUUGCCUACUUUUCCGAAAGCCUCGGUGGAAUAACAACAAUUCGAGCCUACAAGGCAUCGGACCGUUUUUACCGCACUGUCAUUAAGCGUAUCAACGUGAAUCUAUCAGCAUUUCUGUAUCUACAAGCUGCCACACGAUGGCUAGGUAUUCGCUUGGAUUUCAUUGGUUCUAUAGUGGUUCUUCUUGCUGGGAUGACAACACUAGUUGGCGCUAUUGUGAGUGAUUUGGAUCCAAGUCUUGUUGGUCUAGCAGUAUCCUACUCUCUACAGGUUUCAUUGUUUUUGAACUUCGUGGUACGUGGUAUUGCAGAGUUGGAGAUGCAAAUGAAUGCCGUGGAACGUGUAAAGCAUUAUACAUACAUUGAGAAUGAACCAUAUGAAGGUACCGACCCACCCCUGGGCUGGCCAAUGCGUGGUGUGAUACAGAUGGAACGAGUCUCUGUACGGUAUGCUAAAGACACCGAACCCGUUCUCAAUGACGUCUCGGUUACGUUCCACGAAGGAGAAAACGUCGGUAUUUGUGGCCGGACUGGGGCUGGGAAGUCUUCUUUGACUCUCGCUUUGCUACGUGUCAUUGACGUUUUCGACGGUAAGAUUUUAAUUGAUGGGAUUGACAUCAUGUCUGUUCCCCUGACGACUUUACGGAGUGAGAUAUCAAUCAUACCGCAGGAUCCUGUGCUUUUCACAGGAACAGUCAGGAAGAACUUGGACCCAAUAGCUGGGAGUAGCAGCGAUGACGAUCUAUGGAAAGCACUGGAAAUAGCACAGCUGAAAGAAAUGGUGCAAUCUCUGGACUUGGGACUUGAUUCUGUUGUGACGGAAGGAGGCGAGAAUUUCAGCGUUGGUCAGCGGCAGUUAUUUUGCUUGGCUCGUGCUUUCUUGAGGAAGACUCGCAUCCUGAUCAUGGAUGAAGCUACCGCCUCAAUCGACUUGGAAACGGAUAAAAUUCUCCAGAAAGUCGUGGCCACAGCUUUUGCGCAUCGAACUGUGCUGACGAUUGCCCACCGCAUUACGACCAUCUUGAAUUCCGAUAAGAUCCUGGUCCUUGACGAUGGGAGAUUGGUCGAGUACGGAACACCGGACGAGCUGAUAGUGAAAGAAGGGUUAUUCGCUUCAUUUGUACAAGACACAGAGUCCUAAAGGAAAAGUAGAAAUUCAGAACCUUCAGAAAAGUAUACUUUAUGAAAACGCAGUUUGGCAUGCAUGCGGCAUGCUUCCUAAAUAAAUAAAAAAACAUAUUUUUGGGGUCAGAUUUCCUGGGUCAAUGACAUCAAGUCUGGUGUAACUAGAUAUACUUAUAAUUCAGUUCAGACAGUUUCAAUCUAUUGGACAACAUAGAAAGAAAAAGAGUUUAUGGUAAUUACUCAAAAUAAUUAUUAUUAUAAAACCUUACUUGGUA